AUGACGGGCGACAGUUUUAUAAAAUUCCUCAAGCAUUUUGUUCGUCAUGUUCAACCCAACGCUGAUAGGAAACACCUCAUCAUCAUGGACAAUCACGAGAGUCAUUGUUCUGUCGACGCCCUCAACUACGCAAAAGACAACGGAAUCGUUCUUCUCACAAUUCCACCACACACAUCCCACAAGCUGCAGCCAUUAGACAGGACUGUUUUUGGCCCCUUAAAAACCUUUUAUUCUCAGGCAGCAUCAAAUUUUAUGCUGAGACACCCCGGGAGAACAAUCACAAUCUACGACGUUUCGGAACUGUUAGGGGAAGCUUUCCCAAGGGCUAUGGUGCCUACCAAUAUAAUUAGUGGCUUCAGGGCGGCUGGAAUAUGGCCCAUAAAUGCCGACAUUUUCACGGAGAGUGAGUUCAUGACCAGUUUAGUUACGGACCGCCCUCCCCCUUCUCAACUUGAAGAACCAACACAGAGAAGUGUGAUAGCGUCGGACUGCCCUCUCCCUUCUCCACUUGAGGAGCCCGUACAAAGCAGCAGUAUGAGUGAACGCGCUUCCCCAUCCUCACUUGGAGGAUCAGUGCCGAUGCACUUUUCACCACAGGACAUCAUGCCCUACCCCAAGGCAGGUCCACGCUCGCAGUCGUCGCGCGGGAGAAAGCGAGGACGUACUCGCAUCCUAACCGAUACUCCGGAAAAAGCAGCCAUCGAAGAACAAUCAAAUAAAAAGUUGGCGAAGAUAGCAGAGAUAGAAAUGAAAAGGAAGAUUAAAGAAAAUAGGCCUACCAAGAAAACAGUGAGACAAAUCUUUUCACUAAAAAAAAUUGACGAUGACACCUCAUCUGAUUCUGAUGAAUGUCCUCCACUUCCAUCAUCGUCAGGGGGGGAAGAAGAGUUAUGCAGUGAUGGCGAGGGUCAUAGAGCUUUUGAGCCCAUCAGAAAAGAAGUAGGGGAAUUUGUAGUUGCAAUUUACAAUGAAACUGCUCAAUCACAGACGUCGUGCACAGCGGCGAAUGGCAACGAGGGCCGAUGUGUGGACCUCUACCAGUGUCCGGUGCUUCUGACACUUAUUAAUAAACCUAACAGAUCGCAACAGGACUACGAAACGCUGAGAAAGUCGCACUGUGGAUUCCAGAAUCAAACGCCUAUGGUCUGUUGCCCUGCCUCGAAUCCACCUGGACCUGCCGUCAGUAGUUGCUUCACUCCCGAUGGUCAGCAGGGAAAUUGCAUCAGCCUCUACUCCUGCCCACAUCUCACGGCAUUACUCCAACAGCCUUCGCCCAAGGAUAACAUAGCUUUCGUGCAGAAUUCCAAGUGCCAGGGCCCGGAUAAGUACAGUGUGUGCUGCGGCUCCAGAGCUCCUGUGCUGGGUUCGCAAUUGAAGCCGACGAUCUGUACACCAUCUACCGCACCACCGGACCCCAGAACGGAAUGCUGCGGCCUUGAGAGCGGUGGAGGCAACAGGAUAGUCGGCGGGAACGCAACAUCGAUCGACCAGUACCCCUGGCUGGCGAUCAUAGAGUACAAAAAGGAAGACAAAAUCAAAUUGUUAUGUGGUGGAGUCCUCAUCAGCGGAAAAUAUGUUUUGACGGCCGGCCAUUGCGUGGUUGGACCCGUGCUGGCCGUUGGUAGACCAGCAAACGUCCGCCUCGGCGAAUACGACACGAGCAAUUCAGGACCAGACUGCGUCGAAGUAGAAGGGGGCGGUGAAGACUGCACGGCAGGUGCCGUCAUAGUGCCCAUCGAGAGGAUAACAGCGCACCCAGAGUACGAUCCCACCAACACAUUAAGGAGACACGACAUCGCGCUACUGAGACUCAGUCAGAUGGCACCGUACACAGAUUUCAUUCGACCAAUCUGUUUGCCUUCGUCCGAUCUGGCGAAGAGUGCUCCUCCGGACGUUAGGCUAUUUGCAGCUGGCUGGGGCGCAGUCAGCGCGUCCCAGAGCAGUAGCAAUAUAAAACUGCACGUCAGUCUGCCGUACAAGACGCAAGACGAAUGCCAAGUACCAUACGACAAUCCCAGACGGAAAGUGGCUUUAUGGGGAGGGCAAAUUUGCGCCGGCGGAGAAAUAGGCAAAGACUCAUGCAAGGGAGACUCAGGCGGUCCUCUCAUGUACGAGAAUGGAAAACUGUUUGAGGUCGUUGGCAUCGUUAGCUUCGGACCAACACCUUGCGGUCUCGAGAACAUACCUGGAGUCUACACCAAAGUGUACGAGUACCUGCCGUGGAUACGCACUCAGAUCACACCUUAA